GUUGCCGUGGACGGCAACCUUGCAAGUAAACUGCAUUUCUGCACUCUUGCCUGUUCUGUUUAGUCUUCGUUUGUUUACAACAACUGAUACACACAUCCAUACUAGAUUUAAGAUGUUGGCCGCACUCAUUGCAGUAGUUUCUCUCCUGAGCGUCGUAGCAACAGCUCCAGCUAAAUCCCCCGCAACUCCAGACAGUGCAAAUGAAAUCGACUCGGCGAACGGAAUCCUGGGUAAGCAGGUAUCAGCGUCUUGGGGCGGUUACUCAGCGACUGCAGGUCUAGGCGGAGGUCCGAACGGUGGGGGUCUCUUCGCUGGAGCCGGCGCUGCUGGAGGUCCGUCCGCCUCCGCAGGUCUCGGCGGUGGCUCAGGUUACGCUGGUGCCACCGCUGGAAGCGGCCAUGCCUCAGGUGCCACUGCAGCCCAAGGAGGCAAUGGCCAGGGCUUCUUCGAUCACAUUUUUGCCAUUCCCAUUGGAGUUCUUCAGUCCGUGAACAAAUUCUUAAACCAAAAAGGUAACUCAACGAAAGUGAUGUCAACGAGAGACCCGCACAGGCCCUCAGGAGAUGCACCUCUGAACUUCGGCGGUUCCGCCUCGGCAGGUGGAGAUGCUGCUCCCGUGGCCGGUGCCGGCUACAAACCCCAAGCCGGAGUCUCAACCACCAACGUCAACGGUCAACGAGAACCCUCCCAGAAAUCACCCACCUUCUACGACAAUGUCUUCGAUAUUCCAAUUUCUGCUCUUCGAGGAGUCAACCAGUUCCUUAAUGGAGGCCGACAACCAUGAACUUAAUGACGUCAUAAUGACCCACUCUAUUUAUUUAUUGACAAAAUGACUUUUGACGAUAAGAUUCUUAAGUAUAAAACUUUUAGUCCGACCACCCAUGAAAUAAUUACUGCAAUGUUAGCUCAAUGUGAUUGCCGUAAGCUGCUGUACGAAAAAUCCUCCGAAAAUUUUGUUUUCUUCUUUUAUUCUAGAGAAGAAAGGCAAUACAUUCGGUGGAUCUCCCGACGUGAUUAAUAGAAUAUCUCUCCUGCGUUACAGUGCUCAAAAGAGUUUUUCUAAAACAUACCAGGAGAUUAUCAGCAAUAAAAUGUUUGCACAAACCAUGACAAUAAAACGCAUUUAAGUUUUGCUGUGCUCUCAAAUGUAUUUUUGAUUUUAUUUCACUGAAAUCAAACUAGAUUAGUUGUUUUCUCUCCUCUGCGUGGGUACAUUAUAUGAAAAUUAAACUCUACAAGGAUGAAUGCCACGUAAAUCACUUCUUUCCAACCUGUUCCUAUAAUAAACUUGGUGCCAGGAUGUGCCUUUAGAUCAGCUCAUUUUGCAAAAUGGUUCUAUAUGAUGUAUGGUGUUUUGCUAUGUUACAUUCAAAUCACUUCGUGCAUCAUCUUUCGAUGAUGAUUCUAAUGUGCAGUAUCUGCAUCUAUAAAAAACUCAAUUAUUGACUUUUUAAAAUGGUGUUGCCUUUUUUCUAUUCGUUUUUUACACUAUUUGUAAUUAUAAAUAUGUUGUUUUCUAAGA